AUGUGGACCGGCCCCUUCAGGAGUUCAUCUGCUGUGGGCCGGCCCCUUCCUUCAGGAGUUCAUCUAAUGUGGCCCGGCCCCUUCCUUCAGGAGUUCAUCUGCUGUGGACCGGCCCCUUCCUUCAGGAGUUCAUCUAAUGUGGACCGGCCCCUUCAGGAGUUCAUCUGCUGUGGACCGGCCCCUUCCUUCAGGAGUUCAUCUAAUGUGGACCGGCCCCUUCAGGAGAGUUCAUCUAAUGUGGACCGGCCCCUUCAGGAGUUCAUCUGCUGUGGACCGGCCCCUUCCUUCAGGAGUUCAUCUAAUGUGGACCGGCCCCUUCCUUCAGGAGUUCAUCUAAUGUGGACCGGCCCCUUCAGGAGUUCAUCUGCUGUGGGCCGGCCCCUUCCUUCAGGAGUUCAUCUAAUGUGGACCGGCCCCUUCCUUCAGGAGUUCAUCUGCUGUGGACCGGCCCCUUCAGGAGUUCAUCUAAUGUGGCCCGGCCCCUUCCUUCAGGAGUUCAUCUGCUGUGGACCGCCCCCUUCCUUCAGGAGUUCAUCUGCUGUGGACCGGCCCCUUCCAUCAGGAGUUCAUCUAAUAAGAUAA